GUCGCCGACGGGGAGGAGGCCCUGAUCAUCUGCAGCAGCAGCAGGGCCAGGAUUGAAUGAAUUGCGCUGCAGAGAGAGAGAGCGAGAGAGAGCACACGCGAGGUGCGGGAGUGGGGAUGGUUGCGCAAGGCUACAUUCUGCCGUUAAUUGUCGAUAGAAGGCAAUGAGGGCGCUCAGAACGGAGCAAAACCCCGAGGGACCGCACAAUUUUGCCGUAGGAAACGAUGUGGCGAUGACGAGGGUGUGAGUCUUUCUACUGUCUGCUCAAGGUUGCAGAAGGAUAGAGUUGAGGUGGGAUCUGUGUGCAGUAAAGGCGAAGAACUCUUCUGUUGUCGUUUUGAAUUCAUGCACUGGGAGGCGGAAAUGUUAAGUUUUAAAGAUCAUGCCGUCUGAUGUGUUGAUGAAUCGUCACAUGGCCAAGCUGGGCAUGGCACCGCAAUCUGUGUCAUGGUCAGACGGCUCGCUUACGAUUGACGACGUGGCCAAGUUUUUCUCUUUUCCCAUUGCUGAGGCUGCCCAAAAGCUUAAUGUAUGUGGGAGCGUUCUUCAGCGCAUCUGCAAGGAAAAUGGCAUUGCUCGGUGGCCUUACCGCAAGGUUAUGGCAGGCAAGUCAAUAGAAGAAAUCAAAGAGGAGGGUCUCAAGGAAUUGGCAGCCAACCCUAGUGCAUACAAAGUUUUAGAUAAGCAGCCGACAUCUUCUUUGGAAAAUAUUUCAGGAACGCCUGUUCCUACUCCUGCUUCCAUUCCCGUCUCAACCUCUCCAAUUGGGUCAAACCCAACUAUGACUGUGGGACAAACUGACCCUAAACGACCGGCACAGCAGGCAGGUGGAGCAUCAGUACAACGUGCACAAGUGCAGAAGUCUGCACAAAAGAUUGCGUCAGCUGCGCAGACCAAGACUUCCGCUCCAGGGAAUUCUCCAGCACAGAGAGUUAAUCAACAAAAUACUCUAGCACAAUCUCAUAGCCCGGCACCCUCACAUGUGCGGAGCCCCGCGAUAUCGCAUGCUCCAGCUCCUCAGAAGCAGAAGCCAGCUUCAACACUUGAUGACUUCAAAAUCGGAUUUCCAUCUAAAGGUCUUCGCAGAGCUUCUACUAGGUGGUGGGGAUCUUUGGAGAAAGAGCUAGCUACGACAUCGAAUCUCCCGGAAGAUAAGGACAUCUAUAUAGAGUGUCCAGAGAGUUUAAUUCUGGGCUCGGAAAAUUUAAGUGAAGGUGGCUUUCCAACAGCCUCUAGCUUGCUUGUGAGAACCAGGAAGAAAGCAUCUCUACGAGGUCGAAGCUCAAUAGCACAUGCUGUCACUCGUGGGUAUGGUAUUCACAAGCUUGGAGCAAAAGAUGCAGCCACGUUGAAAUUUGUGUUUGGAGAUUCUUUACCUAAGCAUUGGAAAGCUGCCUUUUCUGAUGUGUCCUGAGGAUCAUCUUUGCGCCUUCUUUCUAAGCAAAUGUUCCAUCACUAGUGGCCGUGUGUUGUGGAGGGUUCAUGAUCUUGGUGCAGGCCCUUGUAUACGGACAACCGAGAGUUGCCACUUGUUGAUAAUUCGGCAACAUUUUUUUCUUUUUGGUUUACUCUGAAAGGACUUGAGGAACAUUACUCAUCAGCGAGUCUUCUGCCACUGAACUCCGGAACCUUUUUGGUACCAAGAAAAAUCUGGUCGUCAUAGUUUUAGUUGAAAGAGUUGGUGGAGUGUUGGUGGUUAUGACUGUAGAUUCCACAGAAUUUCAUUCCAUCUACGAUGUCGUGCUUGUAUCGCCAACUUUCUGAGUCGAGGCUCUCAUAAUUGUGUGUCCUGCUACGAUUUCAAGAAGAUUCAGUGUACUAAACAGUUAAGCUAUCAUUUUUACACGAUCUGCUCUUAACCUUCA